UUAAUUGCCUCCAUCAACAAUCUUUCUCCUCCCAGCCGUCAACCCGAACCUGGACGGUGGCUCCGGCGGCCACGCUCUCGGAAGGGGCAGGAAGCAGCUUCCCAGGGAAUGGCGCGGCUCAGCAGGCAGCAUUACACGCUCCUAAAGAGCGGUAAAGAGCCGGUCAGCUCCCGAGCACCCUCACCCCGCCCGCCCCUCCCCCGGCUCGCCCUGGGGGAUUCAGGCCCGGUCCGCUGGCGCUCUGGAGGUCACCGCGACCUCCCAGCUCCCGCCAGGAGUCAGGGUGACGGCGCCUUUAAGCCCGAACCCCGAGGUACAUCUCUCAAACUCAUCUCGGUGCCCCAGCCCGCCCGGUCGGGGUCUCCGGGUGUUUCGGUCGCCGCCGCGUUGGUACCCUGGACAGCGCACGCGGGCCAGGCCGGCCGCCCGCACCUCCCGCCCGCGCUCCCCCGGGGCUGGCUGGCCCGCACGCCUCCCGCCUCCUCGCUCUGACUCCAGCUCGUGCGCACUGUCUGCUACGCACCCUCACGACUCAGCGCCCCUCCCGCUCCGCACCCCCCCGUUUCUUUCCCUCCGCCGCCCCCUCAUCCAUCCCUAUUGGGCUCCCCCUCCUUGACAAUCACGCUGCGCUCUGCUCUUUGCCGUCUCCUGGCUGGGAGCGAGGAGGAUCGGGAGCGCUUCGCCGGUAACCUCCGUCAGCUCUCGGACCCCGGCACCCGUCUCGGGCUGCCACGCACCGUCGGCCGCGCGGCGCCCCCUCCCGCCCCCUGGCGCGCGCUCACGGCUGAGCCCACGGCAGCUCGCGGACACUUGACACUCGGCGGAGACCUGCUCCGGGCUCGCAGCGCCAAUGGCAUCUCCCGGCUCGGGCUUUUGGUCCUUCGGCUCUGAAGAUGGCUCUGGGGUUCCUGAGAACCCCGGCACAGCGAGAGCCUGGUGUCAGGUGGCGCAGAAGUUCACGGGCGGCAUCGGGAACAAGCUAUGCGCCCUGAUCUACGGAGACGCCGAGAAGCCGGCAGAGAGCGGCGGGAGCGAACCCCCGAGGACCACCGCGCGGAAGACCGCCUGCACCUGCGACCAGAAGCCCUGCAGCUGCCCCAAAGCCGACGUCAACUACGCGUUUUUGCACGCAACAGACCUGCUGCCAGCCUGUGAAGGAGAAAGGCCCACUUUGGCAUUUCUGCAAGAUGUGAUGGACAUUUUGCUUCAGUAUGUGGUGAAAAGUUUCGAUAGAUCAACCAAAGUGAUUGAUUUCCAUUACCCUAAUGAGCUUCUUCAAGAGUAUAAUUGGGAAUUGGCAGACCAACCACAAAAUUUGGAGGAAAUUUUGAUGCAUUGCCAAACAACUCUAAAAUAUGCAAUUAAAACAGGGCAUCCCAGAUAUUUCAACCAACUCUCCACUGGCUUGGAUAUGGUUGGCUUAGCAGCAGACUGGCUGACAUCCACAGCAAAUACUAACAUGUUCACCUAUGAAAUUGCUCCAGUAUUUGUGCUUUUGGAAUAUGUCACGCUAAAGAAAAUGAGAGAAAUCAUUGGCUGGCCAGGGGGCUCUGGCGAUGGGAUAUUUUCUCCUGGUGGCGCCAUAUCUAACAUGUACGCCAUGCUCAUCGCUCGCUUUAAGAUGUUCCCAGAAGUCAAGGAGAAAGGAAUGGCUGCAGUUCCCCGACUCAUUGCCUUCACAUCUGAGCAUAGCCACUUCUCUCUCAAGAAGGGAGCUGCAGCCUUGGGGAUUGGAACCGACAGCGUGAUCCUGAUUAAAUGUGAUGAGAGGGGAAAAAUGAUUCCAUCUGAUCUUGAAAGACGGAUCCUUGAGGUCAAACAAAAAGGAUUUGUUCCCUUUCUUGUGAGUGCAACAGCUGGCACCACUGUGUAUGGAGCGUUUGACCCCCUCUUGGCUGUUGCUGACAUUUGCAAAAAGUAUAAGAUCUGGAUGCAUGUGGAUGCAGCGUGGGGCGGGGGACUGCUAAUGUCCCGGAAACACAAGUGGAAACUGAACGGCGUGGAGAGGGCCAAUUCUGUGACAUGGAAUCCGCACAAGAUGAUGGGGGUUCCGUUGCAGUGCUCUGCUCUCCUGGUCAGAGAAGAGGGACUGAUGCAGAGCUGCAACCAGAUGCAUGCCUCCUACCUCUUUCAGCAAGACAAACACUACGACCUGUCCUACGACACUGGAGACAAGGCCUUACAGUGUGGACGCCACGUCGAUGUUUUUAAGUUAUGGCUAAUGUGGAGGGCGAAGGGGACUAUUGGAUUUGAAGCACAUAUUGAUAAGUGUUUGGAGCUGGCGGAGUACUUGUAUAAUAUCAUCAAAAAUCGAGAAGGCUAUAAAAUGGUGUUCGAUGGAAAGCCUCAGCACACAAAUGUCUGUUUCUGGUAUGUGCCACCCAGUUUGAGGAUGCUGGAAGACAAUGAAGAGCGAAUGAGCCGCCUCUCAAAGGUGGCUCCAGUGAUUAAAGCCAGAAUGAUGGAGUAUGGAACCACAAUGGUCAGCUAUCAGCCCCUGGCUGACAAGGUCAAUUUCUUCCGUAUGGUCAUCUCAAAUCCCGCAGCAACUCACCAAGACAUUGACUUCCUGAUUGAAGAAAUAGAACGCCUUGGACAAGAUUUAUAACUUCGUUCACUAAGCUAUUUCAAUUCUCUAGGUAGACAAUUAAGUUGUCACAAACUGUGUGAAUGUAUUUGUAGUCUGUUCCAAAGUAAAUCUAUUUCUAUAUUGUGGUGUCAAAGUAGAGUACAGUUUCAAAAUCAAGAAAACAUUGCACCUUUUAAAAAUCCUUUCUUAAGUUUAGAAUACCUCUCUGAUAAUUAGUGACAAAAGGCCGUGUUUAAUCAAUAAGGAAAAGCUUAAAAUUGUUAUAAAUACUUCCUUUAAUUUAAUAUAGUGUGCAAAUUAAAUUUUAUUUUCCCUUUAGAAUUAGUAAGAUUGAGUAGUGCCAAAAUACCCCUGAAUCAUCAUAGGUUCUUUGGGGUGCAGAGAAAGGAUAAAGUAAAAUGUAUGUUGAAAAUAAAAACUCUUGCCUUUUUCAUAGUAUUAGAAAAAAAUUUCUAAUUUACCUAUAGCAACAUUUCAAAUGUAUUUAAAUACAUAUAAUUUUACAAAAGGAAAAUAUAUAUUAAAAUAAAUCGUAUUUUGUAACACAUAGAUUUUUAUUUUAUAUGGGUUAUACAAACUGCAGGGGCAGAUAUAAAAACUAAGUCAGAUUUUAUUUCUCUUUAUUUUAAUAGAGGCACAGUAAAACACUUAGAAAAGUUAUUUUGAGCUAUAGGCCCACACAAUUCUUCAAAGUUAGAUUCCUUCUUUCUAAUCAUAUUAUAGCUUAUCAAACUUAUAAGGUUAGUAUUGUAAGACAAAUACAAAAGGUACUGCAAGUUCUUUAAAAGGAUUGACCAGACUGAGAAUAAGAUUGUGUUCACCUUUAAGUUUUCCAACCCAGUUGACCCUUAUUAGACCCUUCUAAUAAGCAUGACCAACCAAGUUUCAAUGUGCGUGGAUGAAACUAGGAUAACUGUCUUCAUUCUGCUAUCUAGUUUAGCCUUUUUUGAGUAGAAGGUUGAUGCAGUUUCUUGAGGCACUUUCCCAAACAGUAUUCUUUCAUUAGGUUGUUCAAAUUAAUUAGGUAAAAUAAAAUUGUUUCAGCCUGAGCAAAGAGGAAUAAGUACACUCUAGAAUGUGGCAAGCCCAGAAAAUUGAAUUCUGCCUUGGGGGAAGAACUCUUGGUGUGAAAUGAUGAUAUCAUCCUAAUGCCAUAUUGCCACAACCAAGAAAGGAGUCAUUUACCUCCUGGGAAAUUUCUUAGACAUAAAAAUCUCUCCCGCAAUCAGCUCUCAGCCACUAGGCUUCUCCAUUGCUGCAAUCUCAAGCAAUUAAUUUCUAUGUCAUAGGUGGAUUUUUUUCCCUCUCCUACCCAAGAAAAAUAAAAUGAGCUCCAACCUGAGAUAUUUGAGAUCUUUUUUCUGUCUCCCACCAAUAUCCAAAAAUUACCAAACAAGGCAGAGAUAAGAAGAUUCCUAGAAUUCAAAAUAAUAUUUAAAACUCACCUGGUUGCCCCUAAAAAUCUCAUGUGAAAAUAUGAACUAAUGAGAGCUCCUAAAAUUAUGGAACCACAGAGUCAAACUUCAUGUGCUAGUGAAACUAUGAACUCCUUUAUGUGCACUAUGAGUAUUAAUUUAGAAUCAUGUGCCCUUUCUAUAUUGCCCAAACAUAUCAGUAGAAAGAAAUAUAAGGCAGAUAGUAUUCUGCUGUGACAAUAGUGGAAAGAAAGACAGGUAGCCAUUAAGGUCUGUUGGGAAGAAGGAGCCUAUCCUUCAAGCAAAAGAGUAAACCCAUAUAAUACAACCCCCUGAAUCGUCGUGAGCUUGUCCCUCUAUUAUGUCUCUGAGAAAAUUUACCAAAACACUCGCCCUGGGAUUAACAUGGCUUUGAGUCUGGUCUAGCUAACGAAUUCUCUAUGGUUAUUAGAGAAAAAUUUUUAGUUGUGCCCAGAAUUUUAUGAAAGAACAACCCUCCCUUUCCAGGCUGUUUCCAAUGGCCAAGCACUUUCAAACAAUUGGCUACUGAGAAUCAACCCACAACAGCCCCACCAAUCAUGAGUCAAAAGCACCCAAGUGAGAGGCAGGGACACUAGUGGUCAAGCCCACUUUCCUGCCUGAACUAGGCAGUGGAUCUCAUGUCCUCGUUCAGACUGACUCCUCUCUGUCUUCAUCAGGGUACUUGUACCUUACAGAUAAAUCCUACCAGAAUCCACUGCUCUUUAACUGGUGGCCAUUCUUAGCACGAGUUGUUCGCCGCCCCCACCCCAAACAACCCUCUCCUCCCCUUUUCAAAUCCCUCCCCAGUGAUGUAGGAAGCCUUUCUCAGAUCUGUGCGGGGAAAAGUCCCUACUGAUGGUAGCCUAGGAAAGGAGGUAAAGAAAAGCCUCAUCUCAUCGUCCCAAUAGUUUAAUAAAUAUCAAAAGAGAAUCUGGUCUGUGACCCAUUCAAGAUGGAGGAAGGAAGGAAGGAAGGAAGGAAGGAAGGAAGGAAGGAAGGAAGGAAGGAAGGAAGGAAGGAAGGAAGGAAGGAAGGAAGGAAGGAAGGAAGGAAGGAAGGAAGGAAGGAAGGAAGGAAGAAAGGAAGUUAGUUUUGAACAUCAGCCCAAAUUUCUAGUGUCAAAGGCCUUGAUGUGGAACCAUUCUUUAUCCAUUUUUGAAAGGUUUGAUUUUAGCUUUAAUAAGAAUUGACAUGGCUAUUUUUCUUUAUACAGCAAUAUUGUGUUAGUUCUUUUAAAAUACUUGAAAAAAGGGUGGCAUGUCUUUACCUGAAACAUAACUGGUGUUGACUUCAUGUGCUGUCACGAGGAUGUGAGAAAGAAAAGGAAGUGAACACGUGUGUAUCUGUGUUGCCUUUAUUAGAUUGAUAGUCCCGACUUGUCACCUCAGCUUGGGGUUGUGCACUUUAGAUCUGAACUGUACAGUGUUGCAAACCAACAUGUCUUGCUGUAAAAGCUUGUACACUAUAUUACCGGUAUGUCAUUUUCUGUGUGGUAGCUGUACUGAUAUCACAAGAACUACAUUUGCACCUACAUGCACUAUCUCCCCUCUCUCUGCUGCUGUUACGCUUCACAGAAGCUCUAUAGAGAACCUGCCCUCAGCUAAGCUCCCUACUGAGAAAUCUUUGGAGACUUUCAUGAUGUCACAAAAUGCAAGGUGAGCGCUUCUUGGUCUCUGCAGAUAGAAGAGACCAGUUAUGGAGCGUGUAGGACAGCUCACAUUGCAGUGAGCUGUUGGGCUUUGGAAGAGCAACUGCUCCUUGGAAUGUGGAUCAAGGAAGCAUGGGUGUAAAUAUAGGGGCAGGACAAGAAACUGGGGCACCUCAUGUGGGUAUCAUCUUGCACGUGCUCUUCUGUUUUCAAAUGCUAAGUAAAACUUGAUGUAUUUAUUAAUUAAUGUGUGCCAAAAUACUGUUCCCAAUUGGUGUUUAUCAAAGAUGUCAACUUCCCAACAUUACUCCAUUACUAAAGACAAAAAAUAAAAAAUAUAAAUAUGUGGCAACCUGUUCUUCUUACCAAAUAGAAACUUGUGUAUGAUCAAAGUAUUUUAUCUGUGUUGUCUCUCUAAACCCAAAUAAAUGUGUAAAUGUGGAUACA